UAGUCGUAGAUCUACUAACUAUGUGUCCUACACGCUUUAGAUUAGAUUAUUGUAGAUUAUUGUAGCUGUGUUAAUCUUCAUUGAAUUGUAGUGUUAGCAAUGACUAUGAUGAACAGAGACGUCCAAUAGUGAAGAACUUUUAAUGGAAUUGAACCCACUCUAUUCAAGUGUACAAAUCAACAGUUUACAACCUGACCUUUUCAAACUGAAGAGUAUGUAUACUCUUAACGAAUCUACCGAUGUUCAACAACAUGUCCCUAAUGACGAGAACCUUUUUUUCAAUUGGGUUGUAUUUAGUCUGAUUAUGAACACCUGCAUUUCUUCGCUGAUUGGACUUUUAGGACUAGUCUCUAACGUCAUCAACAUGGUCGUUUUUUUUCACCAAGGGUUGAACAGCUCAAUCACCAUCAGCCUGUUCUGCAUGGCGCUGACGGACAUCUUCACAAUCCUCUUCGUACUUUGGGCAAACAUCUGCUUCAACCCUUACAUCGAGACUGUCAGAGCUCCGUUUUAUUUCGGAGAGCUGUUCUACUUCACCGGGGGCUGGCCUUCGGGGUUUUCCGUUCGCGUCACCCUGUACAUCACAGUGUACAUCACAGCAGAGAGAUGCCUCUGCAUCUUGUUUCCUUUGUCGAUCAAGACUUUGAUCACGCCGGGGAGAACGAGAGUAGUCGUUGGUAUUAUCAUCGUACUGAAUGCACUAACUCUUGUUCCCGAAUACUCUUCUAUCUAUCUGUCUUGGCAGUUCAGCCCGGAAAGAAAUGAGACUCUACUCGGGGCUGCUUUCAGAAGUAACAGGGCUGAAACCCACGGCGUGACGUUUCUUCUCCACGUCCUGCUUGUAAUCGUCGGGCAGGUCUGCGUCAUUAUUUUGACCGGCGUCCUGAUCAUUCACCUCCGUCGCCAAACUGAAUGGCGGAUGAAAAGCGUGGGAGACAAGAAGAAAGAGACGUCAUACUCUGCACGCGACCGGAAGUCCCAGGCUCUGGUUAUCGUAGUGGCUACAUCAGUCGUCGUCUGCUACAUCCCCCUGACCCCCGUCUCGCUUAUCACAGUGUUCAUGCCAGAGUUCUCUAUUGGCGGGAAAUAUUCCAAAGUGUUUGUGGACACCUGGGAUACCAUAUUUGUGUUUUCACUGAUCAAUGCUGCUUCCAAUAUUUUGAUCUAUUAUAAAAUGAAUUCAAAAUUUAGAACUAAACUUCUGCAACUGGUUCACAGGCACGGUUACCUGGAUCAGGGCCGGCCUUAGGUAAUCGGAGGCCCUUAGCGAAGUGAAUAAGGUGGACUUAUAUGAAAUAUAACAGUAAAACAAAAACAAAAAAAAAAAUCAACAAAUUAUGCAAUGAAUUAAAAACCUUCCUGUAUCUAUAUCUAAAUCAUUAAAUAAGUUAAAUUCAUAUGGAUCCGAGAGCGUAUGAUCACCAGACUAGAAAUAAGCUUUCGACAUUAAACCAAAAGGAAGAAAUAAAGGUCUUCUAACAUUUCUAGUCUAACAGGUAAAUGUAAACAUUAUUGAAUUAACUUAGAAUCACAGUAGUGACUUAGAGCUAGGCUAGUUAUAGAGUUCUGCUUUGUUUGAGAUUUGAUCCAUGAUUCGAAAUUUUUCCCCUAAAAAUUUCAAGUCCCAUGAGAGGCCCUCACCAAUCGGAGGCCCAAGGCGCUUGCCUAGUUUGUCUAUCGAAAGCUUACUCGGGUCCAAGCAUCAAGAUAAAUGGACAUGAAAUAAAUGCAGUGGACAGAUUUAUUUAUCUUGGCAGCACACUCUCCAGAAACGGACAGAUCGAUAAUGAAAUCGAGCUGCGUAUCGCCAAGGCCAGUGCAUCCUAUGGCAGACUGUCUAAAAAUGUCUGGGACAGAAGAAGAAUCACCAUAAAUACAACUUCUAAAAAAUUUUCACGACAUUUUUUGUAGUGUUAAAAAGUUCCCAUGUCCAGUCUAGAGUAGUAUAUAGAAGUCUAUGAUAUAAUUCUAUGGAACUGCAUUUGUUACGUAUACAUAAUCGGUGUUGCACUGACGCGCUAGUGUGCAAAUGUGCAUACAAAUAUUAAUAUGUUACAGAAGGACAUGGCAAUGAUCAUUUCCAAAAAUGUGUAAAGAGUCAAGGACGGAUGUUGUUCUGUUUGCUGUCGUCUGUUGUUCUCUUUGUCGUUGUAGAUAAUGCUGUCUGAUAAUAAUGUCACGACACAGUCCUUGA